CCAUGGAUAACAGAGGAUUUCAACAGGGGAGUUUUAGUAGCUUCCGGAGCAGCUCCAGUGAUGAAGACUUGAUGGACAUUCCAGGGACAGCUAUGGAUUUCUCCAUGAGAGAUGACGUUCCUCCCUUAGACAGAGAAGUGGAAGAGGACAAGUCAUAUAAUGGUGGUGGAAUAGGUUCUUCAAAUAGAAUCAUGGACUUCUUGGAGGAGCCAAUCCCUGGUGUAGGGACCUAUGAUGAUUUCAAUACAAUUGAUUGGGUGAGAGAGAAGUCUCGAGACCGGGAUAGGCAUCGAGAGAUUACAAAUAAAAGCAAAGAGUCAACAUGGGCCUUAAUUCACAGUGUAAGUGAUGCUUUCUCCGGCUGGUUGUUGAUGCUCCUUAUUGGACUUUUAGCAGGCUCUUUAGCUGGUUUGAUAGACAUCUCUGCUCAUUGGAUGACAGACUUAAAAGAAGGUAUAUGCACGGGGGGAUUCUGGUUUAACCAUGAACAUUGUUGCUGGAACUCUGACCACGUCACCUUUGAAGACAGAGACAAAUGCCCAGAGUGGAAUAGCUGGUCCCAGCUUAUCAUCAGCACAGAUGAGGGAGCCUUUGCCUACAUAGUCAAUUAUUUCAUGUACGUCCUUUGGGCUCUCCUGUUUGCCUUCCUUGCUGUAUCUCUUGUCAAGGUGUUUGCGCCUUAUGCCUGUGGCUCUGGAAUUCCUGAGAUAAAAACUAUCUUGAGUGGUUUCAUUAUUAGGGGCUAUUUGGGUAAGUGGACCCUGGUUAUCAAAACCAUCACCCUGGUGCUGGCAGUGUCAUCUGGCUUGAGCCUGGGCAAAGAGGGCCCCCUAGUGCACGUGGCUUGCUGCUGUGGGAACAUCCUGUGCCACUGCUUCAACAAAUACAGGAAGAAUGAAGCCAAGCGCAGAGAGGUUUUGUCGGCUGCAGCAGCAGCUGGUGUGUCUGUAGCCUUUGGGGCACCUAUUGGUGGAGUUUUAUUCAGCCUUGAAGAGGUCAGCUACUAUUUUCCCCUCAAAACAUUGUGGCGUUCAUUCUUUGCUGCCUUGGUGGCUGCAUUUACUCUACGCUCCAUCAAUCCAUUUGGAAACAGCCGCCUGGUUCUAUUUUAUGUGGAGUUUCACACCCCAUGGCAUCUCUUUGAGCUUGUGCCAUUUAUUCUGCUGGGUAUAUUUGGUGGUCUGUGGGGAGCUCUGUUUAUCCGCACAAAUAUUGCCUGGUGUCGGAAGCGAAAGACCACCCAGUUGGGCAAGUAUCCUGUCAUAGAGGUACUCGUCGUGACAGCCAUCACUGCCAUCCUGGCUUUCCCCAAUGAAUAUACCCGUAUGAGCACAAGUGAGCUCAUUUCUGAGCUGUUUAAUGACUGUGGCCUUCUGGACUCUUCCAAGCUCUGUGAUUAUGAGAACCGUUUCAACACAAGCAAGGGGGGUGAACUGCCUGACAGACCGGCUGGUGUGGGAGUCUACAGUGCAAUGUGGCAGCUGGCUUUGACCCUCAUACUGAAAAUUGUCAUUACUAUAUUCACCUUUGGCAUGAAGAUCCCUUCUGGCCUCUUUAUCCCUAGCAUGGCUGUUGGUGCUAUAGCAGGUCGACUUCUAGGAGUAGGAAUGGAACAACUGGCUUAUUACCACCAUGACUGGACCAUCUUCAAUAGUUGGUGUAGUCAGGGAGCUGAUUGCAUUACCCCUGGCCUUUAUGCAAUGGUUGGAGCUGCAGCCUGCUUAGGUGGGGUGACUCGGAUGACUGUUUCUCUUGUUGUCAUAAUGUUUGAACUGACUGGUGGCUUGGAGUACAUUGUGCCUCUGAUGGCUGCAGCCAUGACAAGCAAGUGGGUGGCAGAUGCUCUUGGGCGGGAGGGCAUCUAUGAUGCACAUAUCCGUCUCAAUGGAUAUCCCUUUCUUGAAGCCAAAGAAGAGUUUGCUCAUAAAACCCUGGCAAUGGAUGUGAUGAAACCCCGGAGAAAUGAUCCCUUGUUGACUGUCCUUACUCAGGACAGUAUGACUGUGGAAGAUGUAGAGACCAUAAUCAGUGAAACCACUUACAGUGGCUUCCCAGUGGUGGUGUCUCGGGAGUCUCAAAGACUUGUAGGCUUUGUCCUCCGAAGAGAUCUCAUUAUUUCAAUUGAAAAUGCUCGAAAGAAACAGGAUGGGGUUGUGAGCACUUCCAUCAUUUAUUUCACUGAGCAUUCUCCUCCAAUGCCACCAUACACUCCACCCACUCUGAAGCUUCGGAACAUCCUGGACCUCAGCCCCUUCACUGUGACUGACCUUACGCCCAUGGAGAUCGUAGUGGACAUCUUCCGAAAGCUGGGACUGCGGCAGUGCCUGGUUACACACAAUGGGCGAUUGCUUGGAAUCAUCACCAAAAAGGAUGUGUUAAAGCAUAUAGCACAGAUGGCGAACCAAGAUCCUGAUUCCAUUCUCUUCAACUAGAAUCUUUAGAGAUAGCACUCUGGAUAUAAAACUGGAAGGACAUUGCAGACCGUGGAUAUAUUUUAUUAACUGGGUACCCAAAAACACAUUUCCCACAUAUGGAUGGUGAAGUCAUAUUAGUCUGUUGUCUCUUUCCUACAAGUUAACCAGUUGCACUACAUAAUCUCUGGAAAUUAAUCAUCUCUUUAGGAGAAAAUACAGUUAGGCUUCUGUGAUAUUGCAUUAGGAAGAUUUCAUGAAAGAGUAAACAAGAUUGCUAUGGUUUUAAUUCUAUUUGUUUUUUUAAGAUUUUUUUUAAAUUUAAAGAAUAAUUGUUAGCCAAUAUGCAAUCUCUGAAAACUAUGCAAGGAAAAUUCCAACCGUCCUGACCUAUAGCCUGCAGGAAAGUGAUGAAAAAGUCACUUUUUGGGGAUCUAACUGUCAUUGGUAGAAGAUGAAGUGUAAACUAAGGGGUUUUACUUUUCAAACCACAUAAAGGAAAGCCAGAAGGAAAAUUGUAGUGGUAUUUUCUAGACUGUGAAGAUUCAGUUAAAAUGUUAUCCUUGUUUCUGUUACAAUAUUUAGCAUUAUUAGUUUGUUAUGUGUGUAUGUAUAUGUUAAUUUUAAUUUCUGAUUAUAAGACAAUGCUGCUUUGGUUAAUCUCUUCAAAAUGAAUCUAGAGAGGUUGACGUUUAUAGCUUGCUUGUUCCUGGUACUCUUUUGAAGUGCACAAAGAUAAGUUAUAGAGCUUUCUCCUUGUCUGCAAAAAGGGUAAUUUUCCAGAUGGUAUUUGUUAAGCUAGUAGACAAGGACUUUGCCAUGAAUUUGUUAGUGGCAAGGAAUGAUUUCUUCCAGCUUCCUUGAAAUGAAUGAUUAGGAAAGUUCUAAGCAAAGU